CAAUUUUCACGUAUACCAACAAAACUGACGACAUAAGACUGAAACUCAAUCGUCGAAACUUGAAAAAAUGAUUCCAAUCCGCCGCUGAUCAUGAACAAAAUUCCUAUUAUACUAAUUUUUUUUUUUGUUUUUCGUACUAGGAAAAAUAAAAUAUUUUAUAUAAAUUUAUUCCUUUAUAACACUCUCAUAAAAUGCCAAAAAAAUUAUUUUCAGACCAUAACAAAAUGCUGAAAUGGACCGUAAUGGCCAGACGCGACUCCACGUGCAAACCCGAAGAUUCCCGCCCUCUGCCGUCCGAAUACCCAACUCCUUCGAGGACGUCCACACCACGAACGAAAUCGAAGCGUCGGCGAUCCAGCACGUCGCGACGCUCGAGCAUCCACAAGCGCAACAGUUUGGACGCCUUGGAAGCUGACAAGGAGAAUCAAUUCACGUCUACUCCCAUUAAAUCGGAUAAUUUCUUGCCGUUCGAAGCAUUGCGGGACGUGAGCAAUUUGACACCUACAUUGAAAGAGAAAAGUCGCGACCCAUAUUUGGACAACCAUAGGAUCAUUUCUUCAAAAAAGAGGAAAAGUGAGAAAAAGAAUCAAAGGACUCCUUUCGCCACUCCAAAACACACCCAACAGAAGAAAAAAAAACAAUGCAUAAGUUCACACAGUGACGACUUUUUCCAAGGUGACAGUCAAACAAGUAACUAUUUCCGUCCAUUCGAAACAGUGGACUCUCACAUCGAAGGAAUACUGCCCGAUGAGGUAUACUCAUGCAAGAAACCUACCAUGUUGUGUGUUAAGAAAAGAGUUCCUGACACCUACGCCCCUACCCUUCCCACUUUUUCUUCAGACUACUCUCCUUGUCCAAUGAGAACGACGCAUUGUUUGGAAACUUUGAGCCGAAAUAGUUCCAAAAAAUUACCUCCUCUAGCAAAGCUUCUGGAAGACGAAAAUCUCCCACCUAGUAAAAAACCUAAAAUUGAUCACGUGAGUGACUUUCUGCAUCAGAUAACUUUCAUCACAUCUCCUGAUACUAUCCAACCAUGUUUUCCUAACUCACCUGACAAGCAGCUUUUGCAAAGAGAUCAAGUCACGCCUCUAGUCAAAAAAUUCUUAGGUUUUAAGUUCAAUAAGAGUAAGCCCAACCAUAACAACAAUCAUAACAGUUCUUCUUUCAUCAAUAAUAUGUCUCUAGACAAAAUCGUUGAUGCCAUUUUAGACUCCACUGACGAAAGCAUCAGGCCUACGGUGCGGAGGGCUCUAAAUAGCGGCAUUAAUGAAACUGUAGAUUGUGAUAAUGAGCAUAAUGAGACUCUUCAGGAAAAUAUGAUGAAUUUGGUACAAGAACAGAAAAAUGCAAUAGAGAAUGUUUCUGAAAACUCAUCAGAUUCUGGCUUCAGGAGUUCCACAACAGAAAACUCACAUCAACUGGGUAGUAACUUCGUCUGCAAGUGUAGUACUAAAAAGAAACAGAUUUCAGUGGAUGAUAAAACUAUCAUCCAGGUGAAUGAAACUUUCAACGAGAGGUGUGUGGACAGAGCGCCUGCUACUAGAAAAAGACCGUCUUCGACGAUGAGGGAUUGUGAAACGGAUGUUAAAAAAAUAAUUCUGGAUACCUCUCAACAAGAAAACUUCACACUCAAGAGGCAGAAAUGUGUACGUCGCAAAAAACCGUUCAGUAUCGAGAAAUCAAAUUUGCCUUAUAUUGGAAGCCCUUUUUUGUCGAGUAACACAAUUGAUUUCGAGAGUACUCCAAUUCGAAAUUGUUAUAUGGAAACUAAGGAAAUACCUGGAUCAACUUUUCGUGUCGAAACUCCAACAGAGAUUUCUCAGGGCUUUAGGAGGUGUCUCGUGUUCGAUUCUUCCUCUAAGAUAAGUGAGUCUUCCAGUUUUUCGGAAAGUCUUUCAACGAAUAAAAGUAGUCUUAUGGAUGUAAGGGGAACAAUGGAUCUGAAGAUUCAUAGUGAAGGGAAACAUAUUUUAGUUGAUGUUGUGCGGUGCAAAGGCCUUUAUAGACCGAAUGGUGAAAAAAUUAACGCCUACGUCAAGGUUUCUCUGAGUGAUCGAUUCUGGAAUAGCAGGCGGAAAAGAAAUGCUGUGUAUCAAAGAACUGCCGUUCAGGGAGACUCGACAUGCCCACUCUUCAAUCAUACCUUUAAACUGGCGGUAAUGGAGGAGGAUUGCCAAAAAAGAAUUCACAUCGAGGUUUGGCAUCGGGAUCGAACAUUGAGAACGAGUGAGUUCCUCGGGUGUAUGUCUUUUGACGUGAAAAAUGCUAUUGCAGGGGGGAUCAGUGGAUCAUUUAAACUCCUACCUCAAUCUACCGGUCGUACUGCGAACGUGCCGAUAACAUUGGACUUACUAUCCUGCAGUCUUGACGAAAACUGCCAAAAAGAAACGAAAAUGUGCGAAAGUCACUCUAGCGUUGACGAACUGAUAAGUUUGGAGGACUUGGAGAGUGAUUUGAGGAAAUCGAAUUGCAGGACAGCUUUGAAUGAGCAACAGAAGUACGCAGAUGAAAAUUUGUUUUUGAGGUACUUGGAGUUAGAUCCUACAGAAGGCCCUGAUGCAUCUUCCGCGGCAACACAGAGAAAAGCCACCGGCAACAGAAAUGGAAGAACGCCAUUCACUUGUACGAAGAGACUCACGAGGCCGCCAAAAUCGGGGUUUGGGUUUUCAGUGGUUUGGACACAUCCGCCCAGGAUAGAACGAGUGGAGAAAGGCCUACCUGCGGAUAAAGCGGGCAUCCUUCCAGGAGAUUAUAUCAUUUUCGUGGAUAAGCAUAAUGUAGUUAUGAUGCCAGAAAUUGAUAUUCUGAAUUUAAUCAGAUCAUACGGAAGUCAAUUAACACUAGAAAUAUUCAGACGCAACACAUCGAGAAAUGGUUCCUUACCUAGCGUGAAACGACUAUCAACAGCAUUGGCGACAUCUGGUACGUUAGGUAGUAGUUCGGCCCUUCCUGUGGCUUCCCUGACAUCUUGUACCAAUUUAGUGCAACGUAGGCCCUCGACAGUUUGUUCAACGAAUACGACAUCUGUGGAUUACAACAGAAGAAAACUGUAUCUGCCUCAAGUCACCUUCAGCGCAGAGGUGGGUAGCGGAGUGAUAGUAUGAGGUUAAAUGAUGAAAGAAAGGUACCAGGUUCCGGAAUUUUUCAUCGAUUUCAAAUGACUUCCUUGUACACUUCCAUAAUUUUCAAAAGGCUCCUAAUCAUCGAUUUUCUGGAAACAGUAUGAACAACAAUUAUGCUCCUGUAUAUAUUAUCUCACUACUCGUGGGUGCUAUUAUGUUUAAACCAAAUUCAUUUCUUUUGUAAUUUUAUCGCAUUGAUUACUUUUCGAAAUUGUUAUUUUAACUUUACAUGUACAUUAUCAAAACUGAAUUUUUAUUCUUCUCGGGGUUUAUUUUUCGUAUUGAGACUUUGUAGACAAUGGUCUCUGCUUUUGUUAUUAGGAAAAUCUCGCACUCUGUAGUUGUCGCCUAAGAAUAUUUUCACAUCGUCUCAAAAUAUAGUGAAAUCAACAGAGAUAGGAUUUUUGAUGGUGUGUGAAAUUCAUGCAUUUCAAAAUUAUUUUGACUACAGCUUGUUUGAAUGUGGUUGAUAUAGAAUCUAGGGCUUUGACAGCUACAUAAUUUUUUCUAGUGACGCUGUUAUAGAUUAUUCAAAUUUUUGAAACAAUGCCAGUAUGUAGUGUGUAUCAUCCAUAAUGUAAUGUCAUUUCUACGUUUCCAUUUGUUUUUAAACAUUAUUUUUGUUUAUGUAAU